GGCAACUUGAAGCCAAGCCGGAGGGGGUGUCAACGCACGCGCGCGUGCUGACCCGAAAUGGGAUUUCCCAUUGUUUAUAUAUGCCACCGGGCCAGACGCCGCGGACGUAUUUCUCCCCCCUCUUCCUGCGCCCAUGUCGAGCGCCAGCGCGCAAGACGCUCAUGUCCCCUCCUACUACGGCGUCGUCGAGACCACCCUCGACGCCCUCCGUCUCGUCAACGGGGCCGCACAGGGCAUCGUGCCCCGCAUCAGGCGCCGGCUUAACGAGAGCGAACGGCGCGCCAUGAUCCACUCAGGCGCAGUCUUCGUCUUCGCAGUGGAGGAAAGCAAUAUCAAGCGAUGGACCGACGGCAUGUUGUGGUCACCCUCGAGGAUUCACAAGAAUUUCCUUGUUUAUCGCGAGAUCAAUGAGCGGCCUCAAGGACGAGGAAGUAGGCGCAACUACACAUCCGAGGAACUCUCGACACGACAUCAAGGUCCCCCCAGUCCCACCGACCACCUGUACACGGGCUUUCGCAACCCCGCACUCGAAGCGACUACAUUCAAGCUUGACGGCCUCCACAAGAAGACCAUCACCGUCACGAUUAACGACGCAGACUGGCAUCUAGUCGCGUAUUACUCGACAACGGACGUACAGAACGGUACGCUCAAGAGACCCAGCACGCGACCAGAUAUUAUGGCGCCAUACAUGAAUCCUCACGCGUUUCGUCUCACGAGCUUUCGAAUUCCUCCGAAAAUUGUCAUGGAUGCGGACGGUCGUCCUGUAGUAGCUGCGGACGACGAGGACGAAGACGACCAAGCAGGCGGUGCGCAAUGCAAGUCCGAAGACACAUCGUCUCAAACAUCACUCUUCUCCCCCAUUCUCUCACCCAAGAAUUCUUUCACUGGCAGCUCCCUAUAUCCCAUUCCAAACCGCGCACGCCUCUCCUCGCCGGUUCCCCGUCGAAUCUCUACAUCGUCGAGCACGCCUGAUUUCUGGUCGAGGUCGUCUUCCGGCAUAUCCCCUGGAUCCCAGCAGGGGUGGCAUCCGGACAUGCCGACGCACGGCGGACGGUGGAACGCGGCCAGCAGCUCCAGUAGCCAACCUUACGACGCUUACUCCUCGGCCGGCGGACCUAUCGGAAGACCACGCUCGCGAACCACGGUCGCUCCCUACCACAUCCCUACCCUGAGCGCAGCAAGGGGGCGGCAGAUACAGCACGAAGAGCCCUACACGAUACGGUCCAUGAGCGCUGGCCCGUCUUCACUUUCUUGGAUAUUGGACAACGACCCACCUCAACGGAGCCCCGUCGCCCAACAUCACAGUCCCUCCUCGCUUCAUCGUAGCCCGACGUCGAUGCAGCCUGACCCAUACGGCCCUCGAUUUGAUUACCACCAGUCUCCGCCGGUAUCCAGCCACCCGAUGCAUUGGCCGGCACGCAAUUCCGCCACCUUGCUCCCCCUUCCUAAUAUAUCCAACUCGUCGUCUUUGCAUACCAUAGUCCCUGGAUCAUCCGGACCCUCGCCCGCCUUACCGCCUCCUUUCCACAUGAACGAGAACCUACAUGCCAUGGACGAUCCGGAAGAGUAUCAUUACGAGGACCAGUAGCACGGACCCCCGCCGCACUAUAGACCACACGCACGACUCUGCUGUAGCUUUACAUUACCUAUUCCCUCUGCACACAUCUGUAUGUUUCUUCCAGCAUACGACCCCUUUCUUGGGCACCUCUUCGCCUUGUAUAUAGGUCUCAACGACUCGAAGGGCCUGCCACUUCUGUAUAUACCAACCGUACUGUAUCGGGGAUUUUGGGCUGACUCUGUGAUAUACGAUAUUUCCCUAGGGCACCUGCAUUCACUUGCCUCUUCGCGGCGACCUGAUUGUUCUUCUUAUUGCACUAGAUGCACAUUUUGUACGUCUGAGCAGCAUCAACAC